AAAAGCAAAUUUAUGAACAUGAAUUUCAACAGCAUGAACCGAAAGAAAAAAAAGUCAAUCAGACUUUUAAUCUUAAUAAUACAAUUAAUGAGGCUAUUUGUGACUACAAUAAUCACGCCCACGACGUUCAAUUUCCACACCAAAAACAGAUUUAUGAACACGAACCGAAGAUCGAUGCUGCAAUCGAUGAAGCUAUUUGUGACUAUAAUAAUCACGUCCAUGACUCCAAAUUUCCACUCCAAAAGCAAAUUUAUGAACAUGAACGUGAAGUUGAUUCAAUGAAUGCUAUUAAUAAUUCAAUUAAUGAAGCUAUUAGUAAUUACGCCCACGACGUUCAAUUUCCACACCAAAAACAGAUUUAUGAACACGAACAUGUGUAUAAGAGACAGGGUUAAUAAUACAAUUAAUGAAGCUAUUAGUAAUUACGCCCACGACGUUCAAUUUCCACACCAAAAACAGAUUUAUGAACAUGAACCGAAGAUUGAUGCUGCAAUCGAUGAAGCUAGUGACUAUAAUAAUCACGUCCACGACGUUCAAUUUCUUCAAUUUCCAUCUCAAAAACAAAUUUAUGAACGUGAACCGAAUAUUAAUAAUGACUGCAAUAAUCACGCCCACGACGUCCAAAAGCAAACUUAUGAAUAUGAACCGAAAGCAAGCGGCGAAGUUAAUUCAAUGAAUGAG